AACGCGUUUAUUCUGAAGUAAAACAUUGAACACAACGGCUCUUUUAAGAGCCACCCACUGUCUCACUCGAAGAGGUGAAUUUCAGAUGUUCUAUCAUAUCAAAUGAAUCACUAACAAACAGAUUUAUAAUACCGGUGGCGUUUAGAUGAACUGGUACUUUAACAAGUGUUGUGUUGCACAACUUCUCUCGCUCGUAAAAUAAACACCAUCAUUACGGCAUAACUAUAUAAUUGUCAGCACGUGCAAUGCAUUGUGAAUAACAUACAAAAGGAGUAAAUGCUUCGUACGAAAUCUUUGAGGGGCUGUAUGUGAUUACGUACUUAUAUCACAGUGUAGAGUUAAUGCAAAUAUAAACUUUUUUACAACAAAUUCUAUAAAGAGCGGGAAGUGCAAACAAAGGAACCCGAAUCGCUUGUGGGAGGGUCAUCUUGAAACACGAGACUGUGGGCGGGAAACACUUUCAUUGGCUCUCUAUCCGACACGUCAAACUAUGAUCUGACCAAUAGACACAUUUUAUGGGUUUUUGCAGACGGAGACACGCAAUCAGACAACAGGCUCCGUGACGCUAAACAUUUGCAUGUGAGAGUGAAUAAAAUCCACUGCGACGUGACACCUCCUCAUUCAGCGUCUGUUCACUUGAAGAGAAGCAUCAUGCCUGAACCAGCCAAACCCGCGCCCAAGAAGGGCUCUAAGAAGGCCGUCACCAAGACCGCCGUUAAGGGAGGAAAGAAGCGCAGAAAGUCCAGGAAGGAGAGUUACGCCAUCUACGUGUACAAAGUGCUCAAGCAGGUCCACCCCGACACCGGCAUCUCUUCCAAGGCGAUGGGCAUCAUGAACUCUUUCGUCAACGACAUCUUCGAGCGCAUCGCCGGUGAGUCGUCUCGUCUCGCGCACUACAACAAGCGCUCCACCAUCACGUCGAGAGAGAUCCAGACCGCCGUGCGUCUGCUGCUGCCCGGUGAACUCGCCAAACACGCCGUGUCCGAGGGCACCAAAGCCGUCACCAAGUACACCAGCUCCAAGUAAAGCGCCGCUAUCAUCCGCCGCACACAAAGGCUCUUUUAAGAGCCACCCAUGACGUCAUUAAAGAGAGAUUCUGGAUUUGAGUUCGGAAACAUACUUUACUGAUCAGGUUUAUGGUGUGGUAUAAACGAAGCAAAUAUCAGUUGAGUAAUUUUUUUUUUACUAAAGUUUAGAAAACGGCUGAUGUUUCCUAACUAGUUAUAAAAAAUAACAUGUUUAUUUUGACAUUGAAGUUUCUAUGUCACAUCUGAAAGAAAAAAGCCUUUAUGGCUUCAAAGUAAUUGUUCACCUAAUAACGAAAAUUGUCUCCUUAUUUUAUUUAAUUGAAUUACGUGUUUAAUUACUUAACAUGAUUUAAUUGGCUCUUUGCAAAGCCUUAAAUGGUUUAGCACCUACUUACUUACCUACUUUAGCUUCUAUCACAUUACAACCCAUCACACUCUCUACGAUCUCAAAACUCUUUUGAUGACACCUAGAAUAACUAAAUCCACUAAAGGGGGACGAGCUUUCUCAUACGUAGCACCUAAACUCUGGAAUAGCCUUCCUGAUACUAUUCGAGGGUCAGACACACUCUCCCAAUUUAAAUCUAGAUUAAAGACACAUCUUUUCAGCCAAGCUUUCACUUAAUGCAUCGUUAAUGAACAGCAGCUAUGCUAAUUAUUCUCUUACUGCCUCAGGAUGCCCAUCCCAGAAAUUCCGCCAGGUCCAGAUAGAAUAGACUCUUAGGACACGGUAAACUACAAGAUCUGUGCUGUAUUUUAAUCUGGAACUUUAGACACAUUCUGAGGACUCCUAAGAUUUAUUACAUGUUAUAAAAGGGCUACAUUAGACGGCCUUUAAGACUCUUCCUGUUCGUGGAAAAAAUACAGCAUCAAUUUGCCUAGUUUGUCAUGACAACAAGCCAUUUUUAACCUUAUAGAUUUGUGGUGUGUGCAUGAAUGACAUUUGUAGUCUGUGUGACAGAGAUUGAUAGUGUGUGUGAAUGAGUUUGGUAGCGUGUGUGAAAAGCUUUGAUAGUGUGUGAGUGACAUUAUAAUAGUGUAUGAGAGAGAUAGUUUAUGAAACAGUUAAGCUCUAUUCACAUUAGUAUUAUCUGGGGACCUCGUGUGAUUUAGAAAUGACCUCCUAACAUCUGUAUUACAUGUGGUGCAUUCAGACAGAUGAGUGAAGCCUGUGAUUUUACUUACAUUUACGUACUUAUAUCCCAGAUAUGAUGGCAAGGCUUUACAUAUAUAGUAUGUAUAUAGUUGUAUGGUGUAUAAUGAUAUAUGACCAUACCUGUCAAGAUUUAAGAUCCGCCAACCGGAUAGGUCACCGAACUCGAUCGCUGGUAUCAAAUGUUACGAGAGCUUCCAUGAUAAGUAACAAAAUGGAAGUCUCCUGGCCAAAACGACAGUGUUUGCAGGUAUGGAUAUGACCCAGCACCCGAAAUAAUAUCAAAACACUUCAAAACCGCCUCACGACAGCAGCGUGAGUUCUGUCCAGUUCUGUAUAUAAAAAAUAAAACGUGUCUCUGUUUACUGUGGUAGGAUAUAAGACCAGUUUUUUUAUUGCACUUAUGAUUUUUAUUGUCCUUAUGUUGUUCCAAUUGCUUCCAUUGUUUCCUCAUAUGUAAGUCUGUUUGAAUAAAAUCGUCUGCUUCAUGACGAAAUUUAAAUGAUAAUAUGUUGUGAAAAAUCAGUGCAAGUUAGGUGUUUAUUGCAACUAUUAUGUGGAAAUCUUUGACAUCUUAUACAUCUUCCACAAACACAAAGACCCUGUAAUGUAUAGUGAGAGCAGCUGAGAAGAUCAUGUGUCUCUCUCCGCUCACGGUGAUUCCAUCCACCUGAAACACAUCAGAGAGAACACUGAGGAGUCUCCAGGCCAGGUCCAGCAGACUAAAGAGAGUUUCAUCCAUCAGGCAGUCAGGAGGCUAAACUCCUGAGCAUGCCCCCCCCACCUUUCUUGCUCCAAGUCACUGAACUCUGACCUCAUCCACAGGUCCUUCCACUCUAUCUUCUGUUGCUCUUUUUAAAUAUGCCUGCUUGUAAAAUUUGUAAAAGGCUUAUACUCAUAUCUUGGGAAAUUUCAUACACCUUUUUGUAGUGAGGUCCCGAAACAUCUUCAAUUGAAGGGCUUUAUGGCCCGUCCCCUUGGCGCCUAUCCCUCCAACCAAAAGGCAAUCGAGACACCUCUACCCGUUCAUGUGAACUAGAAAAACAGCGAUGUAGCGGAAAGUGAAGAGUUAAGGGGCAGAAAUGGGAUUGGGCCUUUAAUUUCUAUUUAUUUGAAUUCUAAAAACAAAUGAACAUUUGACCCUAAUAGUCUACACUUUGUCAAUAAGUUUUUGUUACAAACUGAACAGGUAUUGAUAUUAUAUUGAUAUUAAUUGAAUAUAAAUUUAAUAUUUAGAAUUCUAAACAAUUUGUUCUAAAUUGUUUGUUUCUUAAUGAAUUGAUAUUGAUUAUGUCAAUAUAAUGAACAUUUAGCAAAUAUUAUAUCUAGAAAAAUAGAAAGCAAAUAACUACAUAUAAAUGUAGGUCACACACUUUCCAGCGUUUUCAGAUAUUGAACAUAUAAGUCACCAAAAUCUAUGCGAAAAUAAGGACAUAAUGUACAGAAACUACUGGUAGCACGAGCUGCGUGGCUCACCUUCAAUUCCAACCUAAGGUGAUAUAAUUGAUUUUUCAAUUUUUUUGCACAUAAUUUAUGUUUAAAUACAUAAACGCAUUGUCUUUUUACAUACUGCAUUGUCAUGUUGAGUAUUGCAUUUCAAAUUGAAAUUUGCUACCAAUAGGCUUCCAUACGGUGGAACUCCACCUACAUAAAUAGAACAAACCUAAAAAUCAAUAUCAAACUAAAUGAUGUUGUCCAACGAGUCUUUUCUCAACUUAGGGUGCGUUCAUAUUUGUAGUUCAGUUCUUUUGGUUCUUUUGGUCACACAAAACAAAAGUAUUCCUUGUUUGCUUAGCGUUCAGACUGGCCCAUUAACAGCUAAGAUAAAGAUAUCUAACCUAACAGCUUACGAGUAAAGUCGCAACGGGAUUUGACAGCUUUUAUGAUUUAUAUUUUAAAACUGACUUACCAGACAUCCAUUACAAGCCUCUAUAAGUCGGUAACUCGCAAAGAACUCAUGAAGUGUUUAAAGCAGUUAAAAUGCAGUUACAUGCACAAGCACAGAUCUAAUAAACACUCCUGUUGUAUUAUCAAAUCCCUUGAUUUUCGGGUUUUAAUUUGUUAUCACUUCCUGUCAUUGAUUUGGUUCGAUGCUUUGGUCCGUGUUACAUUCAUAUUUCAAUCGAACCGCGCCAGAGUACAUUUCAAAGUGGACUGAGACCCAUCUUUUCAGCUGUCUCGUUCGGCUUGUUUGGUGCGCACCAGGGUCCAGCGUUCACACAAACACAAAUAAACCGCACUUACAGAGCAAUCGCAUCAGAGUUAGUUUUAAUCAAACCAAAAGUGGCAAAUGUGAAC